CAUUGAUAGAGGUUUAUAAAGGAGACCUCAUGCCCUUGUUUGUAUGAUUGUUUCUCUUGUUUAGGACCAUUUCCAGAACCUACAGCAAGAUGAGUAAGAUCAUCUUUUACGAGGACAAGAACUUCCAGGGUCGCUCCUUUGAGUGCGACACAGACUGUGCAGACAUGCAUCCCCACUUUAGUCGAUGUAAUUCCAUCAGAGUGGAGAGUGGCUGCUGGGUUCUGUAUGAGAGGCCUAAUUACUCUGGGUAUCAGUAUGUGCUGACCAGAGGAGAGUAUCCUGACUACCAGCGCUGGAUGGGUUACAACGACAGCAUCCGCUCCUGCCGUACAUUCUCAUAUACCAGUGACGGGCCUUACCGCAUGCGCAUCUACGAGCGUCCAGACUUCCAGGGUCAGAUGAUGGAAUUCUCGGAUGACUGCGAGUCGGUCCAGGACAGAUUCCGCAGCCGCAACGUCUACUCCUGCAAUGUUCUGGAGGGCUACUGGACUUUCUACGAGCACCCAAACUACCGGGGCCGCCAGUACUUCAUGAGGCCUGGCGAGUACCGCAACUUCAGCGACUGGGGAGCCAUCUGUGCCAUCAUUGGCUCCUUCCGCAGGAUCACUGAUUUUUAAAUCACUGCUGCUUAAAUCAUUUGCUGGUUUUGCCGCUGGAUUGUCAAUAAAGAUGUACAACACAUUAAAAAA